GAUAUGGCAUCUGAUAACCAAACAUGGAGGAACACAAAACUCCAAGAAGAAAUAAAAGAAAAUUGGAAAGCAAGAAAAUACACAAAAAGGAGAAAAUUCAUUAUCUCAGGACUCCUUUUUCCAUUAAUGACAUUUUUCUUCAUAAAAACUUACUUGACUUUUUCCAGUUCAGCAGAAGAUAACAAGACUGAGACCCUGCAUAAAAGAGACUUGCAGCUAUCCAGAAAUAAGAGACACUUUCCAAGAUACAGUGACUUUGACACAAGCAAUGACAUAUAUGGAUACGCUUGCAUAGGAUAUGGGGUUACUUGUUGCAUGAGUUUUUACUUUUUCCAUAGCAACACCAUUGAAAUUCACGCCAGAAUAGAAUCCAAGACAAAGUUCACAAAAAUGCAAGGAUCAUAUGUACAUAGUAAUACAACUGGUACAUAUGAGUGUAAUCUAACAGAUAUGGGAUUCUGGGUUAUAGUUAUAAAAGGAAAUGAGACUACAGCUUGGACUGGGGAUGUAACUAAUGCUAAGGUACAUACUCCUUCUGUGGGAGGAUCCAAAACUGAUAUUUGGUUUCAAACACAAUAUUAUUUACAGUUUGUAGAUCCUGAACAUUUACAAAUUACAGGAGAUGAAAAAGGAGAUGUAACUCGAGUAUGGGAUUUUCAAAUGACAAGAAGUUUAGCUCUAGUCAAAGUGAAGGUGAUGAUUACUGUUGUGGAUUUAAUUAUUCCAGACAUAAAAGUAUCGCCACAAUCUCUUAAAAUAGAAGAAGGAAAGGAUAAUUUAACUUUGAUGUGUACUACGCAAAUAGAAUUACCUCAGAAUUCACUAUUAACCUGGAAGAGAAAUAGUGAGUUGUUGGGCAGUCUUUUCUAUAGCUCAGCUAGCAUAAUUCGUAAGGGCAAUUUUGGUAAUUUAGAUUGGAAGAAUAAUAGUUUGAUUUUUCAUCACACUAAUCCAAAUCUAAAUGACUCAGGUAUAUAUGAGUGUUGCCUAUCAUUGGAAAAUUAUCCUAUGAAAUGUGAUAUUGCAAAUGUUGCAGUUUUAUCCCCUGAAAAAACGAAAUGUACUAACGGAAAAUUUAUUCCCGCCAGUCCUUUUCAAAUUAAUCAUUUCCAAUCCAGACAUCUUUUAAGAGAAGGACGCUUUGUGAUUAUACUUUGGAAAUUUAACAUUUCUGAAUGGAAAAUUUCAUCAAGGUAUCCUCAGUGUCAAGAGUAUCUAGUUAAUAUGGAAUUGGGUAUUGAUAAAUGGUUUGGAACUAAUAGUAAAAACAACAGCAGGAAUAAACGAGGUAUUGCAGAAGGAAUCCUCGGAGGAAUUGGAAUUGUUGGAAGUAUUACCAAUAGUAUGGAUAUUACUACAUUAAAAUCUGAUCUAGAAACAUCAGGUUUAGUGGGAAGUAAAAGUAUCAAAGUUCAGAGAAAUUUAAAUCAAAUAUUAGAAAAUAUGGUAAUGAAGACAGCAACAGUUAUAGGUCCAUCUAUUAUCCAUUUACAAAAUAUUACUUUGGAUUUAAUGAAAAGUGAACAACAUUCUCACAUAGCCAGAACGUGUCUAGAGAUACAGACAGAGUAUUCCACCAAUUUUAAAAUAACAGCUCAAGCAUUCCAAAGUGGAAUAACUCCUUUAGGAGUUUUACAAAGUUUACCUAAUGAGUAUGUAUUUGCAAAGAAUCAUACAGAUUUAUGGGUAAAUAAAUGGGUAGGAUGUAAUCAGCAUGAAUGCUUUAGUACCUCAAUGAUUCCUAUAGCUGGGAGAGAACAAAUGUUGGUUCCAAUUACAGUCUUAGGAUUGCCAGUAAGUGAUACUCAAUUGUUAUAUUAUCAAUUGCAGUAUACAGAUUUUGCUUUGGAUAGUAAUUUUUCAGAACCAGAACAACUUGACCUAUCUUCAUGUUUACAUUUUCAAUCUAAAAUAAUCUGUUUGCCUAAGCAGGACAAAGGAAUUUUUCAUUCUUGUUUUCAUAAUCAUUCAUUAUGUACCGCGAGAAUAGAAAAAGUAAAAACAGCUUUUGACUUAGUUACUUCAGUAGGUAAAAAGAAGGUUUGUUUUCAAGUUAUGACUAGCACUGAAACAGUUAAAGCUUUUUUCCUAUCCUGUACACAAACAGAAAUCCUGAAACGAGGAUUAUAUUGUAUAGACGGAGACCUUGCAGGAAUCAGUAUAAAUGGAAUUAGAGUGAAUUUGACUAAUAUUCUUAUGAGAGAUGUGGGUGCUCUUCCUGUACAAUAUAAUAUAUCUCAAGUAGAUGAAUUCCCAUGGAAAGAAUGGGCAGACAUCAUACAAAAGGAUAAGGGCUUAUUAAUUGCUUUAUCUGAAGAACUUCAUAAAGCAGAUAUAGUAUUUAAGCAUGAGCAAGGAAAGUUAAAAGUAAUAGAACAUGAAUGGUCAGCGUUAUCAUCAAAUUCUUUCUGGGUGAAUUUUAAGAAAACUAUAUCAGUUUGGGGAAACACUUCAGUAGUUACUGCAGCAGGAAAUAUAUUAUUGCAUCCAAUAGUUAUUAUUUUUAUUAUUAUGGUGUUAUGCAUAUUAUUUCAAAUCUGUAUAAUGAUUAAGAUGAAACAGUUUUACAAAUUACUUAAGAAAGAAAUGAAAAAAGGUGAAGAAAUCAUGACAAGUAUUCUUACUCAGAGAAUCACAUCUGGCUUAACUGAUCCGAUGGUAAACUGUGGUACAUCUGGAGCAACUGAUUCAAGAUGUGUGUGA